UUAAUAUUUUUUUAGUAAUGCCCAUGUUGAGGGUUAGGCCCAAAAAAAAUGUAAAUUCGGAAACCGUAAUGAGUUUCCAUGCAACUGGUCUGGCAAGGUUUGAAUUUGGGUUUGUGGCGAUAAAUUGUUAUGCAUAUAAAUUGCUUUGAUCCACAAUCAAUGCACACAGAUAUUCCAUGAAAAACAGCUCCAAAAAUCAAGGGUAGCAGUUAAAUUUGCUAUUUUCACCUGAAUUCCAGGUUGGGCAGUGAAUGGGAGAAGUAAAGGGUGCUGCAGAAUUUGUGGGCUGUCAAUCGGGAUUUGUAAGUAUUGGAAGGAUACUAGGAGCUCUAUGGUCCUCCUGUGUGCGAAUUCUUGGUGGUUGCGGGACACUACUUGUGCUCGCCACCGCACCAGCUUGUACUGGACUUAUGGGACUCACCACGUCACCAAGUCAUACUGCAGUGCUGGUAUGUGAAAGACCAAGAUGUACU